CACACACACACACACACACACACACACACACACACACCACAGGCCUGACACUUUUGCUCACACAUCUCUUUCUAUCUCUUGCACUAACACACACAUUUUCACACACGGUUUGACGGAUGCGUCGGCGUUUUUUCAAUUUCGGGACGUCCUGUUAUAUCGGAGCAGAUCUGAAGGCGAUCGGGGACUUUUCUUUUAGGUGGGGAAAUGGAGGAAAGGUUGGAAUAACAAUCAGGAGGACUUUGGUUACGCUCACAGACAGAAAGCAGGAAAACAACUUUGUUUUUUUCUUCAAAACGGCCGUCACGCGUUUACUGUUUUUCCUGCUGAGCUCUGUUUUCUGGACAUUAUUACUCCAGCUGAUUGGCCCCAAGUGGAAGGACGUGGUUUCCCGCUGCAUUAAGGGCCACUACCAGCCCCUGCUGCUGCUGUACGCCGACCCGAGGGGAACGCCGGUAUCCGUCCAGGACCUUCCCUCUCGACUCGACCUCCGCCACCUCAACAAGGCCGGCUACGACAGCGAGGACUCGGGUAACUACAACACAGCUAGGAGUCGUAGUAGUAGCACAACAGCAAACGUUCAG